AUGCUGGCACCUAAGAAAAUGGCCAGAGGAAAUUUCACCUUGGUGACUGAAUUUGUUCUCUUGGGAUUAACGGAUGAUCCAGAUCUUCAGCCCAUCCUCUUUGUGCUGUUCCUGGGGAUCUAUUUGAUCACGGUGGGCGGGAAUCUUGGGAUGCUGCUGUUGAUCAGGAUAGAUUCUCGCCUCCACACCCCUAUGUACUUCUUUCUUGCCAGUUUGUCCUGCUUGGAUUUGUGCUAUUCCACUAACGACCCCAAGAUGUUGAUAAACUUCUUAUCAGAGGAAAAAACCAUUUCCUACACAGCCUGUUUAAUCCAGUGUUAUUUUUUCAUUGCCAUGGUGAUCACUGAAUAUUACAUGCUAGCUGUAAUGGCUUAUGAUAGGUACAUGGCCAUCUGUAAUCCUUUGCUUUAUAGCAGCAAGAUGUCCAAGGGGGUCUGUAUCUGCCUGAUUGCUGGUCCGUAUGUCUAUGGGUUCCUUAGUGGCCUGAUGGAAAUCAUGUGGACCUACCGCUUGACCUUCUGCGGCUCCAACGUCAUUAAUCACUUCUACUGUGCCGACCCGCUCAUCCGACUCUCGUGCUCUGACACCUUCAUUAAGGAGACAUCCAUGUUCGUGGUGGCAGGAUUUAACCUCUCCAACUCCCUUCUCAUAAUCCUCACCUCCUACAUCUUCAUUCUCAUUGCCAUCCUGAAGAUGCGUUCUGCUGAAGGCCGGCGUAAAGCUUUUUCCACCUGUGCCCACCUGAUGGCAGUGACCGUGUUUUAUGGGACUCUGUUCUGCAUGUAUGUUAGACCUCCCACGGACAAGUCAGUGGAACAGUCCAAAGUCAUUGCUGUUUUCUACACUUUUGUAAGCCCUAUGUUGAACCCCAUCAUUUACAGUCUGAGGAAUAAGGAUGUGAAACAAGCUUUUCGGAAACUGAUCAGAAGAAAUGUACUUUAG